CUCAAUUUAUGAAAAUCUUCUUGCCAUCUCAACAACUCCACCUUUCUCCUCAUUUCUCUCUCUCUCUCUGAAACUCUCUCCCUUCACAUUCUUCAUUCAUGGGGAGAAUUACAAACCUACGAGAUCUCAUCGGAGUCGUGAAAGAUAAAGCCUCCCAAUCCAAACUCGCCUUAGUGUCGAAACCCAGCACUCUGUCUCUCCGCCUGGCAGUCCUGCGCGUCACCGCCCACUCGCCAAACGCGCCGCCAGAUGACCGCUACCUCUCAUCUCUCCUCUCCCUCGGUGACAACUCACGCGCCAUCGCCUCCACCCUCAUCUGUGCUCUCAUGGACCGCCUCCACCGCACCGGGGACUCCAUCGUCGCCCUGAAGUGCCUCCUCACAAUCCACCACGUCAUCAAACGCGGGCCCUUCAUCCUCCAAGACCAGCUCUCCAUCUUCCCCGCCGCCGGCGGCCGCAACUACCUCAAACUCUCCGCCUUCCGCGACGGCGCCACCGCCUCCUCCUGGAUGCUCUCCGCCUGGGUCCGAUUCUACGCGCGCUACCUCGAGACUUUACUCUUCGCUUCACGGGUAUCGGGCUACUUCCUCUGCUCAUCUUCUUGCAGCGCCGCCAAAGAUAAACAGAUGGAAAAGCUCACAUCGCUCAUGAACUCGGAUUUAAUCAGAGACGUUAAUUCAUUGAUCGGAUUGAUGGAAGAGAUGUGCAAAGCACCCGAUUCCCUCCUCUUGGAAGGUAACAAAUUGUUGUACGAGGUUGUCGGAUUAUUAUCCAACGAUUAUAUGUCCUUAACCAACGAGUUAUUACCGAGACUCGGCGAGUUGAAGGAGAGACUCGGCCGCUUAAGCUUCGCCGACUCGGUCGAGUUGGGUUGUGAUUUGAAGAGACUCGAAGAUUGUAAAGAGAGAUUAUCCGGUCUGUUCACCGUGGCAAAGCCGCCGGUUCAGAAUCUGUGGAGUUUGGUUCAAAACUUGAGAGAAAGAAUUGAGAUUUGUAGAGAUGGGAGAUUGCUGACUUUUGGGACGACGGAAAGCAAGUCGGCUCGGUUCGACCACCGAGUCUCCAAAUUCUGCAACUCGGUCCGGUUUUCUUCCGGAAAGUAUGAUCAAAUCAACAAGUUUGCUCUUGUAGUUGUGGAACCAUGAUCACAAUUACAUGUGGAAAUAUUAUAAUAGGAUAACAUAGC